UGCCACUCACUUUUCAUUCCAGCUGGUACACUCGCGACCUCACUUACCGAUCUUGUUUUGAGGACAUCUAGAUAUAUAUUAUUUACAAAUAUCCUCUUAGAUAACUAAUAAGAACUUAUAAUAUAGCUUGAUUAGUAGUUUACUGAUACCAGUGUGUAUUAAUUUAUCUAAUUCUAUAUCAUACACGGUAUUCUAAUUUGAAAAACAUUGUAUAACAGAUUCUUUACUGUGCUGAAUAUUUUGAUUUAUUCAACAUUGAAAAUUGGAUUAAUUUUCAAAGUACUUCUAUAACAUGGCUCAAAGUGCUCCAUUACUUAUACGCUUAGUGGCUUCAUCAGUAAAAUGUGCUACUUUUGCUGGCAAAAUUAUUCGAGAUAUUAUGAGUCAUGGGAACUUGAAUAUUGUCGAGAAAGGCAAGAAUGAUUUGCAAACUGAAGCUGAUCGUUCUGCACAGCGUUGUAUCGUAGCUUCGUUGAAUUGUCAGUUUCCAACUGUGACAAUCAUUGGUGAGGAAGAACCCUCAAAUUGUGAAGUACCUUCUGACUGGAUAGUCACAGACAUGGAUCAAGAAAUUCUAAAACUAAAAUUACCAGAGCACCUGGAAAACAUCAAUGCCAAGGAUCUCUGUGUCUGGGUUGAUCCUUUAGAUGGCACAUCGGAAUAUACUCAGGGUCUUGUUGAACAUGUUACGGUACUCGUGGGUGUAGCAUUGGGUGAAAGAGCAAUCGGGGGCAUAAUCCAUCAGCCUUAUUAUAACAACAAAGAAACUGGCACGUUAGGCAGAACCUUAUGGGGAAUCGAGGGAGUUGGAUAUGGUGGUUUCAAACCAAUUCCUCCUCCUGAAGGAAAGAGAAUCAUAACAACAACUCGUUCCCACUCGAAUGCCACUGUACAGGCAGCCUUGGAUGCUAUGGAACCUGAUGAAAUUUUGCGAGUGGGCGGUGCAGGACAUAAGGUGAUGCUUCUUCUAGAAGGUAAGGCUCAUGCUUAUGUAUUCGCGAGUGGAGGCUGCAAAAGGUGGGAUACAUGUGCACCAGAGGCUAUUUUGCAUGCUGUCGGUGGUACUUUAACAAACUUGCAUGGAGAGCAUUAUCCGUACAAUGCGGAGACGAGUCUUCCUAACAAAACUGGUGUCCUGGCCACUGCACCAGGUCAGGAACAUCAGUGGUAUCUUUCGCGCAUUCCAAACGAAAUCAAGCAAAAGCUACAAUAAUUCUUGUUCAUAUGUUCCAAUCAACACCAAUUAUAUAUGUGAAAUUGAAUAUACAAUUUUAACACAUAUUGCAGCUUAUUAAAAGCUGGAAUAUAGCAAAGAAUAUAAUCCAAGGAAUGGGAACUUUGACGUAAGUAAAUUAAAAAUUUGUUAAGUAUUUCUCAAAUAUUAUGCAUUUUAUAAGUAUUGCAUUUAUGUUGAUACAUUGUUCAUUUACUAUAUAUUUAAAAAAAAGGCGAGCUGACAGAAAAUAGCAAUAUGACUGAUUCACUUUAUUUGUCUCGACUG